AGUUCACUAGCUCGGCACUUCGCAGGCGGCAGGAGGGACCGCGGCGCUCCGCUCUGAACUUUGACUUCCGUCGGUCCCGUCCUCUCCCCGGGGCUGCCCUCGGCUCCCCGCUGCCCCCCCGACCCCCCUCCCGCUCGGCCCCGCAGGAUGCAGAUCUCACCCUUGCUGGCUGGUGGACUUUUACUCGCGCUGCUCUCCGUCAGGCUGGAGGCGAAGCCGGCGUCUCAGCUCCCACAGAAGGCCUCCCGCGGGUCGGCAGCGGCGGCGGCAGCGGCGGCGGCGGCAGCGGGUCCGCCCGAGGCGGCGGAGCGGGAGAAGGAGCGGGAGAAGGAGCGGAGCAGCGGCGGCGGCGGCGGCUCGGGCCCGCGGGAGGCGCGGGAGGCGCGGACCGAGGCGCGGCCGCGGGCGGGCUGGGCGCGGCUGCUGCAGGACCCGCCGGGCCGCCGCCACAAGGGCCUCCACAAGAAGGGCCUGGGCAAGGGCUGCUUCGGGCUCAAGCUGGAUCGCAUCGGCGCCAUGAGCGGCCUCGGAUGCUGAGGGACCCCUGGCGGACUUUGAAUCCGUAGUCCACUUUUUCCUACAACACGCGGCCAGGCAUGGCCAUCCCCCAGGCAACACCUAGAGAAGCAGAGACCCCCUUGGAACGGCAAAAGAUCUGGCUGUGUUUUUCUUUCUUGGUACGAGGAGUCAUGGCACCAACUGUUUUGGUUUUGUUAUUUUUUUAACAAGUGCUCUCUAUCUUAUAUAUAUUAUAUAUACAAACACUCACUGAGACAAGGGACAGUGCUUUUCCAAGAGACUGAUGAAGCCAGCUGUAUAACAUUGCUGUUUGUAAAUUCAUGUCAUGCAUAAAUGUAUUUAUGUUGUAAAGCUAUUUAUAUAUUGUUUAUAAAGAGAUAUUUAUAAAAAAAUUAUUUAUGUAACUAAAUGAGAAGUCAAGCAUUGUAACAUUUUUUGUCCUAAGUAGUUGAAAAACUUUAAAA